CAAAACGAAUAAAUACAUCUGUAGUGCAUAUAUUUAUCCAAAAAAAUGGCUCCCACUCCCCCCUCCACCACCGAGAACCACCACCCAAUCCACCACUUAUCUACCCUCAUCUCCACCACCAUCACCUCUCUGCUCCCCAAACCCACCAAUAACCCGACCCAUAACGCCCUUUUCCGACCCGUCUCCUCCUUCUUUGACCCGGCCCACGACGACCCAUUACCUUCUUCGUCUUCUUCUGUGAAGAAGAAGAAGAGCAUGGAUUCGGGGUCGGGGUCGGGGUUUCCGUCGACGUUGAGGAUAAGCGGGCUUAAUUCGAACGGUAAGGGCGGUGGGCCCGCCUUUGUGGGGCAGGUGUUUAGUAUGUGUGAUCUUUCUGGGACUGGGCUUAUGGCUGUUUCUACUCAUUUUGAUAUACCCUUUAUCUCCAAAAGAACACCAGGGUGGCUUAAGAAGAUGUUCGCUGCUGUUACAAAGAGUGAAAGGAAUGGCCCGGUUUUCCGAUUUUUCAUGGAUCUAGGUGAUGCAGUUUCUUAUGUAAAACAGCUCAAUAUUCCAAGUGGUGUUGUUGGAGCUUGUCGUCUUGAUCUAGCAUAUGAGCAUUUCAAGGAAAAGCCACAUCUAUUCCAAUUUAUUCCCAAUGAGAAACAGGUCAAGGAAGCAAAUAAGCUUCUUAAAACAAUGCCUCAGAACGGCCAAAAAAGCAAAGUUGAGGGCGUUCCUGUUUUUAGUGCUGAAAACUUGGAUAUAGCAAUAGCAACCACUGACGGUAUUAAGUGGUAUACUCCCUACUUCUUUGACAAGAACAUGCUGGACAAAAUUCUUGAAGAAUCUGUAGAUCAGCAUUUUCAUUCUUUAAUUAAGACUCGGCAUUCGAACCGUCGAAGAGAUAUUGUUGAUGACAGUAUGGCAUCAGAAGUGUUCGAAGAGAAUGCAGAGAGCAUUUGGGAACCUCCAGAGAUUCAGGAAGUAAUGGAUGAGAUUGGUCCUGUUGAUAUUCCUUUGAGUGUCAUAUCAAAGGCCGCUGAAAUUCAGCUGCUUUAUAAUGUUGACAAAGUACUCCUUGGGAACAGGUGGAUGCGCAAAGCGACCGGAAUUCAACCGAAAUUUCCUUAUCUGGUUGACUCAUUUGAGAGGAGGACUGAAGCUUCUUUUCUAAGAGCAUCUGAAUCAUCCACUUCUAUUGCUGAUGCUGAAUCAGAAUUGAAUGACCUCGAAUACCUUAGUACCUCAAAAGCUGGACAAGAAGAUAACUUACAAGUUUCACGUAGACAGCAACGUGAUUUUCGAUUUCCUUUUGGAGAUUGGCUUACAAAUCCAUGGUUAGAGCCCUUAACAAAGGAACAUCAUAAUCCAGAUGAAAGGACACAAAGGUCUUCCCCUGAACGCGAGAAAAAAGAAUCUCAAUCAAACGUAUUGUUACCCAAAAUUACUAUGGUUGGUAUUUCAACCGGUGAAGCUGGACAAAUGAACAAGGCCGCUAUGAAAAAGACAAUGGAUGAUCUGACAAGAGAGUUGGAAGAGAGUGAUCAGGGAAGUGUUAGUAGCAGUAAUGAUUAUAAAUACGAUGAUAGAGAUCCACUGUUUGUCGCCAAUGUGGGUGAUUAUUAUUCCGGCAUGUCAAAAGCUGGUUCAGCUAAAUGGGUCCGCGGAAUGCGAUGAGGAAACCAAAAUUUGUUUGCAAGGUUUAGGUGGUGAACAGUGAACACAACAAACUGAUGUAUACUGGUGAGGGUAAAUCAUGCAGCUUGAUGUUAAAACAGGCUUCUAUUAUAUCUUUUUUUGUUUGUUUUAUACCUACAUGUAAUUUUAGCUGAUUUUUUUUUCCCUGUACUUUAGGCUAAGUAUGAAUUUUAUAACUUGAGACUAUCUCAGUAGGAUCUAUAAUGCACAUGUAUAUUCUCAUGCUUAAUUUAUAAUACAUCAAACUAAUUCAUAUA